AUGUGCCAAUGCAAACCACCAAAACCACACAACACAAAACACAACCCCCACAAGUCCCAGUGGAUGCCAAUCUCGCUGUCACUCCCGCUGCAUUUUGCUCUCGGCCAGUCUAUCCACUCCCUCCACUGGAAACGGACACAUACGCUUUGUGUGAAAAGCGACCCCUGCAGAUCCACCGUGAUGUCACACACACAUCCAGCUGCUACCAUGUCGCUCAAAAACAUUCUCAACGACGAGCGCCCACUGCCUCCCAUUCGAUACAUCAACUACCCCCCCACGCCCCCGAUGUACUACUACCAGCCACAGGCCCAGGCUCAGGCUCAGGUUCAGGUUCAGCCCCAGGUGGUCCAUGCCGCGGCCCCUCCACCACCACCCCCUUCGGCCAUGAUGCAGGUGCCUCCUCCUCCUCCUUCCCAUGUUCACUCUUACGCUCCUCCCUCGCUGCCACAAUCGCCCCCUCUUUACCAGCCCCAGACGGUGCCGAUUGUGAACGUGAACCUCAACAACGCCCACAACAAGAAGCGAAAGAAGUACAUGUGCGACUGCGGCCGGUCGUUCACCACCUCCGGACAUCUGGCCCGGCACAUGCGCAUCCACACCGGCGAGAAGAACUACCAGUGUCCCUACGAGGGCUGCACCAGUCGCUUCUCUCGUCAGGACAACUGCAUGCAGCACUACCGAACCCAUCUCGGCACCUCGCGCAACUCGAUGAUGCGACGCAAGAGCGGGACCGUGUCUCCUCCUCCGGGCCAGGUAUCCAAGCCCAAGCAGGAGAAGGCGGUGGAGCGAAAGAUGAGCAACUUUCUCUCGACGGUUCUCGUCACCUAA